AUGAGAAAAGGAAGUUUAUUUGAAAUAGAAGAUAAAAUAUCGACAAAGAAAAAUAAUAAAUUUAUUAAAAAAGAUUUAAAUUGUGAAAGUAACAAGAGUGUAGAAAAAGAAAAAAUUGCUACAAUAAAGCCUUUUAAAAUAUUAAUGGAAACACCAAAUGAUAAAUAUAUACCAAUGGUUGCAUUUGUUAAAAGAGCUUUUUUGAUUUUAAAUAAUACAAUUGAAGUACCUUUAAUUACAACAAAUUCAUUUAUAACAAAUAAUAAAUUAUAUUUAAAGGAAGGAAAUAUUACAGGAAAAAUUCAAUGUCAAUGGGGACCUAAAUGUCCUGAAUAUUAUACUCGUGGAUGUAUUAUUACAGGAUAUAUAGCAACAUUUAAAUUACCAUCAACAAAUGAAUUUUUAUUAAAUAAUUUAUCAUUAAAUACUUUUAAUAAUAUUCAUUUAACUUCAAAAACGUUUAAUGAUUUAUAUACCAUACCAUUAUACAAUUCAUUUUCACCAAUAACUUUAAAACAAACAUUUGUAUAUAAACAUUUUUUAGCAGUAUUUGUUCAACCAAUGUAUUAUAUGAGUGAUUUUCAUGUAAUAAUUCAAUUUUUUGAGUAUUGGAUAAGUCAAGGUGCAACAAAAAUUUAUAUUGCUCGUACAUCAAAUACAAAAGAAGUUGAAACUAUAAUUAAAUGGUAUAAUGAUAAUAAAUGGAUUGAAACAGAAUUUAUUGAAUGGCCAAUAUUACCAAACAUUUAUCGAGAAAGAAGUACAUUGUUUAAUAAAUAUAAUCAAGAAUUUAAUCCAAAUUUAUAUACAUUUCAAUAUGAAGCUAUUUUAUCUAUUUAUGAUGCAAUGCUUUAUAUAAGAAGUUUAAAAGAAAGUAAAUAUGUUGCUGUAUUUGAUUGGGAUGAAAUUAUUGUUAUUCAUGAUAAUAAUACAACAAAUAUUAAAGAAUUUUUAAAAAAAAAUGAAAAUAAUGAUUAUGUAGCAUGGAGUUUUGAGAGUAGAAGAUUAAUGAUUAAAAAUAAUUUUUCUGUAAAUACAUUAGAUGAUAUAAGUUUUUUAUCUUAUGGUGAUGCUAUAAUGGAUAUUAAACCAUUUAAAAGACCAGCAUAUCAAAAAAAUAUUUAUAGACCAGAAUUUAUACAUAGAUUUCAUGUUCAUUUAAUUCAAAAAACAAUUAAAUCUAAAAAUAUUAAUUAUGUUAACAAUAAAAUAGGUGAAAUAUAUCAUUUAAGAAGAAUUCCUGAUAUUGAAGUCAAAUUUAAUACCAUUAGAACAAAUAUUUUACAAGAAUCAGGACAAAUUUGGACACAAAAUUUUAAAAUGCGCCUUCAAAUAGAUUCAUCAAUUACAAAAAAUAAAACGUGGAAUAAUUAUUUUGAUAAAAUAGCUAGAAAGUUAGAGAAUUGUCGUCAAGAAACAUUUAAAGAAAAUUUUUCACAUAAAUAUAAUUUAUGUGUAAGUGUUGAAGCAUGUUCUAAAUAUUUAAAACUUAAUGAACAAUUAGAUUGGAUAACAAGUAAAGAAAAAUGGAUAGUUAUAAAAUAA